AUGGCCCAGUGCCCUCCCUGCAAGGACUUCAGGGCUCACAACCCAGACAGUGGUCAGGAGAGGCACUUCCGUCUGUGGCUGUGGAAGCUCCAGGUGUCAGCAGCGCUCACCCACACUCCUCGCUCCUCCGACGUGGAUGGCAUGUUGCACCCCCAGAACAUCUGGAGGGUCUGUGACCGACAGGAGGAGGAUGGGGGGCUGUGUCCACCUGCCUUUGUCCUCGGUUCUGUUCAUCAGCUGCCCUGGAGCGACUACUCCAGUGACACAGAGAGUGAGGACAACUUCCUCGUGAUGCCCCCGCGGGACCACCUGGGCCUUAGCGUCUUCUCCAUGCUCUGCUGCUUCUGGCCCCUGGGCAUCGCCGCCUUCUACCUGUCCCACGAGACGAACAAAGCCGUGGCCAAGGGGGACUUUCACCAGGCCAGCACCAGCUCCCGGCGGGCCCUCUUCCUGGCCGUGCUCUCCAUCACCAUCGGGACCGGCAUCUACGUGGGCGUGGCCGUGGCCCUCAUCGCCUACCUCUCCAAGAGCAACCACCUAUGAGCCUCCCCGGGCGCAUGCGCAUGAAGAGCCUGGGCCAGUUGUGUGCGGGUGCAGAGGAGCGGGGCUGGCGAGGGUGGACUCACAGGUAGACACACCUGUGUGAUGCUGUACAGUGUAAGUCAUCGCCAACGACGCCAUAAAGCCCUGGGAUCUUCUGCCCAUGGAUUCCUUUUGUUUUCACCCUUUCAUAUCGUUUUCACAGCACUGUGCAGAGCAUGGGACAGAUGGGCACUGCUAACCCUUCUAAAUGGAAGCUCCAAAGAUCCCGACCCUCGAGGCUGUCUCUGGAUGGAUUCUGGUGGAUUAACGCUGGUGCCAGUGCCUGGAAUGCCAUAGCAUUAGCAAUAGACAAACAGGAACAUGUGUUUAUUUUUAUGGAAUAUGGUGCAACAGGCAGAGGGCAGGGGACAUGUGCUCUUCUGUCUGUGGCCCCACCUGACUCCUCUGGCACUGCCCCCCAGUCCA